AUGCAGCUACACCCACCAGUGAUCAGUGCAGGCAGUUGGGCGGUGCAGGCGGUGGGGGUGCUGGACGGGCAUGGAGGAGGGGAGGCCAGCCAGCUUGCUGCCUCGCGCCUCCUCCCCUCUCUGCGCGCCAGACUCGCCGCCCUGCCUUCUCCCAGUGAAAAGCAGCUGCACUGUGACUGCAAGGCCGUGCAUGAGUCGCAGACGGCCGCUGGAAGUGAUGGUGGGAGGGAUGGGAGGGAUGUUGAUGGGAGGGAUGGGUUUGAGGGUGGGAGGCAUGGUGAUCGAAGUGAUGGGUGUGAAGGCGUUGGAAGCGGCAAGAGGCGUGCGGGUUGUGCUGGUGAAGGGAUGGCGGAGGAGAGAGUGGAGGAGAGAGGGGAGGAGAGGGAGGAGGAGGGUGGGGAAACUGAGAGGGAGUGGGAGGAGCAGGAGAGGGUGAGAAAGAGGGUGCUUGAAGGAGUCUUAGCAGGCGCACUGGAGGACGUGGAUGUAGAAUUUGCACAGGAGGCUAGCAAGCACCGCUGGUGGUCUGGCUCGACCGCUGCUGUGGUCCUCCUUGUCUUCCACCGCCUGCUGCCCUUGCCUCCUUGCUACCACCCCCACCGCACACAUGCUCACCACACGCCACCCAGCCACUGCAAGCACUCAAGCUCCCCAGAUGCAUGCACUGCUAUCCAAAAGGAGGCAUUGGAGUGGGAGGUGCAGCACGUGACAGUGGCCAACGUAGGAGACUCUAAGGUUCUCGUCUGUGGCGGUGGCAAGAGGCAUGGGGGCCGGACGGUGGGGGUUCGAGAGAGGCAUAUGAGUGCAGCAGGGGAGGGGCAGCGGAUGAGUCAGGAGCGAGGAGAUGUGAAAGAGGGUGUGCUGGAGGGGACUGUUGGGAAGCAGGGUGUGUUGGCGGCCACUGAUGGCAUGAUGCAGCUUGUUAGAGACCCGGACACCAAGGCACAUGCCAUUGCCGCAGCAGCACGGGUGCAUGAGUGGAGGUGGCCGAUGGGAGGAGCCAUGGAGAGGGGCAGGAAGCCUGUGUUCGUGUGUGGUUGCAGGCAGGCUGCGGAGCAGAGCAUGGACCAGCAAGCCGAGCAGACCAUGAGCGAGCCAGGUGAGGCCCUUCCUCUGGCUGCCACGUCCUCUGGCUGCCACGUCCUCUGGCUGCCACGUCCUCUGGCUGCCACGUCCUCUGGCUGCCACGUCCUCUGGUUGCCACGUCCUCUGGUUGCCACGUCCUCUGGCUGCCACGUCCUCUGGUUGCCACGUCCUCUAGUUACCAACUUCCUUCCUCGCUCGUAUUUAUCUUCCUGUCUGCCUCUUGCGAUUCCGCCCUCCCUACCCCGCUUGCUCCCUCUGACAUCAGAGCUUCGUCGCUUGGCCAUUCUGCAAAGACGGAAGCGGCGCCUUCGCGAGCAGCAGAGGCGACAUGCGCUGGUGAAGUACAAGCCGCAGGAGCAGCAGACGCAGAGGCAGCAGGGGGAGCAGACGCAGAGGCAGCAGGGGGAGCAGGAGCAACAGAAGCAGCAAAGGCAGGCGUUACCCAUGCCCCACGAGCAACAGCAGCAGCAGCAGGAGAAGCAGCAGCAGGAGAAGCAGCAGCAGCAGGAACGGGAGCGUUCUGCCUCAUUAUGCACGACAGAGCUGACAGACGACCACAGAGCGGACAGGGAGGAUGCGAGGAGGCGCGUGGAGGCGAUGCCUGAGGCAACUCAACAUGCGAUGAGUGAGUCAGGUCAACAUGCAAUGCGUAGUUCAACACAAAGACCCCCUGUGAUGUGCACGACAGAGCUGACAGAUGAUCACAGGGCGGACAGGGAGGAUGAGAGGAGGGGUGUGGAGGCGGUACCUGAGGUAACUCAGAAACCAGUUCUUGAGUCAACCCAACAUGCAAUGCGUGGUUCAACACAAAGACCCCCUGUGAUGUGCACGACAGAACUGACAGACGAUCACAGGGCGGACAGGGAGGAUGAGAGGAGGCGCGUGGAGGCGAUGGGGGGGAGAGUGGAGGAGCGAGGGGGAGUGGCUCGCGUGCAAGGCGAGCUGGCUGUGACUCGCGCCCUUGGGGACCUGCAGUACCGGCCCUGGGUGGUUGCCACGCCUGAGAUCACUGAAUGGAUGGUGAGGCGUGGGGCAAGGGGACGUGGUGCAAGGGGGAGCAACAUGGGAGUUUGUAGGGUGGAUGGGAAGAGGAGUGGGCGGGUGGUGAAGGGAAGUGAUGCAGCAAGGGAGGUGUUGGGAGAGGAGGGAGAAGAGGAGGGGGAGUGGGGUUUGGACUGUGCCCAGGUUAUGAAUGGGAGUAGAGAGGUGGAAGGUCAAGCAGGUCAAGAAACGCAAGCAGGGAAAGCAGGUUUGGAGGGACGUAAUGGAAAGGAGCAUGUAGUGAAUGAUAGGGAAGGAGGGGGAAAGGAGGAGGUUGAGGAGGGCGAGGAGGAGGAGAAGGAGGAGGGGGACGAGGAGUUCCUGAUCGUGGCAACUGAUGGUGUUUUUGAGCGAAUGAAACCGUGCCAGGUGUGCAGCAUUGUGGGCAGAGCGAGGCGGGCCCAGAGGAGGAAGCUGGGGGGGAUACAGGCAAGCAAAGGAAGAGGUAGCAGAAGGAGGAGCGGGAAAAGCGCUGAUUGGGAUGGUGAUGGUGGUGGUGGUGGUGGUGGGGGUGUUGGGGGUGUUCAUGGCGUUGAUGCUGGUGAUGGCAAUGGCGAUGAGGAGGAGGAGAGGGGGGAAGAGGGGGAAGGGGAGGAGGAUGAGGAGGAUUGGGUGCUUGAGAGUGCGGCUGCUGCUGCUGCAUCUGGCCGUGACAGUGAAGUCACAGGGGGGUCGCUGCUCCAGGCCAUUCCCCUACCGAUAGGCCAGCAGGAAGGGGACGACCGGGGAGCUCUCGCUGUGGUGAGUGGGGAGCCGCAAUCUGCAGUGCCUGAAGGGGCACAGGAGAUUGCGCAGGGGCACAUGGAAGUGGCGAGGCAGCAGCAGAAGCAGUUGAUGGUGCAGAAGGGGCAGCUGCCGUACUGCUGGAUGUUAGAGGGCGUGGAGCAGGGACCCCUCAUGUGCGUGCGCAGGGACGGUGGUGAGACGGACACACAGCUGGCACUUGCCUGCUGGCCUGAAGGCCAAUGCACGGCUGAGGGUGAAUGCGGUUUCGAGAGUAAGGCUGAGGGGGUAUGUAGUGGUGAACGUGGGUGCAAGGUCAAGGGGGGAUGGACACGUGGAAGUGAGGUAGCGGCUAUUGCUGAUGGGGGAGCACGGCAGGUAGAGGGAGCGCAGGUGGUUGCAGUGAGUGAGAAGCAGCACAAACCGCUGCAGCAGCCACAGCCAGAGAAGCAGCAGCUGCAGCCACAGCAGCAGAAGCAGAAGCAGCAGGAGGAGCAGGAGCAAGGGCAGGCACUGGGACAGGUGGCGGUGAGAGGCGAGAGUGGAUUGGUGGAGGCGAGGAGGUGGGAGGGGAGGGACCCAGCGAGCGUGUGUUGGGAGGGGAGUAGUGAGAGGAGAGAGGUGGUUGAGAUUGCAGAGAGGAUCACACGAGAGGCCAUCCAACGAGGCACUCUGGACAACGUUGCUGCUGUUGUGCUUAAGCUCUCUCACUCACAUUCACGCAGACACUCGCACACCCACUCACACUCGCAUGCACCCUCUUCUUCCGCCAGUUGCCAUUCCCGGUCAAGGUCAACUGCAAGUGCCCAGCCUCCCGCAAACCCAGACGCUCGUGCCUGUAGCCAUCCCAUCCACACCCACGCCCCACCCACAGCUGUAGCGCUCUCGGCCUCCCAUACCUCCCAUGCGACAGCUCGUGCAACCACUCGUGGACCACCCAAGUCCCCAGCCUCAACCACCCCUGUAUCACAGCCACACACUCUCUCUCAGCAGCAGAGCAGUCAACCCUUGUCGCCGCCCGCCGAUGCCCCUGCUCCCCUGCCUCCCAGACACCUCGCUUCUAUCUCCCACGGUCCGAGAUCCCCAGAGCUUGCUUCUGUCUCUCACAGUCCCCCGUCUCCACACCUUGCGCUGCAAGCAAGGCCCUCAGCUUUUGAGGUGCCUCAAACGCCGUCUCCACACCUUGCCCUGCAAGCUUCAAAGCUUGCCCUUCAAAAAAGGUCCUCCACAGCUCCACUUCUAGUGGGGCCAGUGCAGCAGCAGGAACUAGCUCUGCCGUCUGUGGCGCAUUCACAGCAUGGUGAUCAUGGAGGAGCAUCCCACAUCUCCUCCACUUCUGUGCACUGCUACCAGCUCCUGAAACCCAUUCCUGUUGCUGCUGCUGAGUCUCGCCCCUCCCUUGUGCCACUUUGGCAUGACCGCUCCUGGCAGAAGCCUUCCCAGUACCUCGACGCUGGUUCCAGAUCAGGGCGUGUUACAGAGGUUCAGCAUGGCCCACCCCUUCUUGCGGAUUCCACCUCCUUUCCCCUAGCAGGCAGUGCCGUAGCGGCUGAGUCUGCUGCUGUUGUUCCAACCCUGAGUCGCCAUAAGAGCAAUAGCCACAGCAGCAGCAGCGAUGGUGAUGUGAUGAUCAGUGAUGCUGCAAGCACUACUAAGAAGCAAAGAAUGGUGCAACGCUUUGACCCGCAAGAUUUUGACCAGCAAGGUUUGGACCAAUCAGCUGAACCCAGUCCUCCUGGCAGCCAGCUGGCAGCUCUCGCUCGUUUCCCCUUCCCAAAUUCCCCCCUACGCCACUUCACCCCACUGCCUCACGAGGGGGAUUUGGAGAGGUACGUGCUACAGAAGAACUUCGCAAGGGGGGGAUUCGGAGAGGUGUGGUUGGCUGUGAGGAGGGACCCCUGCCACCGGCCCUCCAGUUCCCGGCUGCCUGCACAUCCCCCGCCUCCUGCUGCGAAAGCGGCUUUCAGUUUAGGUGCAGGAAGCAAGUAUGGGUUAUCUGUUUUUGAGGCACCUCAAAAGCAUCCCCCACCUCUUGCUGCGAAAGCAGCUGCCAGUUUAGGUGCAGAAAGCUCGUAUGAAUCAUCUGAUCGAGACAGUGUUGCUGCCUUUGAGGGGCCCGUGGUUGGGAGGCGAGAGGAGGCAGGUGAGCUUCGGAGGGAACAUAGGGAAUUGCAGUACAUGGAGGGCGAGAAGGAGGAGGAGGAUGAGAGGGAAGGGCGGGAGGUGAAAGAGGAAGGGGAGGAGGUGAAAGAGGAAGGGGGGGAAGAGGAAGGGGAAGGGGAGGAGGAGGGGGAGGAGGAAGGGGAAAGGGAGGUGGGAGAGGCGGAAGAGGAGGAGGAGGAGGAAGAGGAGGCGGAAGCCCCACCACUGUUCGUGCUCAAGCGACUUCUGGCGGGGGAGGGUGCUCGACUGAGUGGGCUGCGAGAGAAGUACUUUGGAGAGAUGCUCCUAAACGCGACCAAUCUGGUGCUGCCACGUGGCACCCGUCGUCAUGGCAGAGCCAACAAGAUGGACAGUGCUAUUCAUGGCUCGGAAGUCCUUACGGGCGACGUGGAUGGCGAUGUGGAUGCUGACGUGGAUGCUGACUUGGAUGAUGAUGUGGGCGAUGACGUGGACGAUGACAUGGACAGCAACGUGGUGGAUGACGUGGACGAUGCGCUGGUGGAUGCGAUGGGUCUGCAUCACAUCGCACGCUACGUGGAGUCCUUUGAAACUACGAUUGCCAGUGGCAGCGGCGGUGGCGGCGGUAGCAGCGAUACCCCCCCCACCACCAGUGGUGAUGCCGAUGCUGACACAAGUGCAGCUGGGGGAGGCGAUAAAGGGCGGAGAGAGGAGCAGCGGGGGGAGGCAAGGAAGGCUUUUGAGUCGACUCAAAAGGAGGCAAGUAAGGGGCAGAGCAAGGAUCUGUGGCUGGUGUUUGUUCACGAAGGGGUGUCUCUUUCGUCCCUGCUGUACACGAGUGAUGCUGAUGGGGAGGGCAGCGGAGAGGAGGAGGAGAAACGCGACGAGGAAGGAGGGAAAUCCGAGGAAGGAGAGCAGGAAUGGGAGGGUACGGAACAAGAGAAAGGAGGGAAAGAAGAAGUGGGGAAUAAGAAGAGCGAGCAACAGCAUGCGAGUGGGGAACAUGCGAGUGGGCAGCAGCAGCAGACAACGAGUGGGAAGCGGCAGAGGAGGAGUGGGCAGCACAGCAUCAUGCGGCCUUCAAGGUGGUGGCGAUGGUUGCGCUCCACAGCGGAGGGCGAGGAGACUGUCAGGAGCAUUCUCAGGCAGACGCUGCUGGGUCUCGCCGCAUUGCAAGCGCGCAACAUAACCCACAGGGACAUCAAGCCAGAGAACAUCAUUUUGAAGCCUCAAUCCAGGAGGGCGAGCAAGGAGUCAAAGUAUGAGAGAGUCAACGGGAAGCAUGCAGGGAGGCAGGCAGAAAGCCAUGCAGCGCGUGCACCCGACGCCUCCUCCUCACUGUCAGCAGCGGUAGGAGAGGCGCCCGCAGCAGAAGCAGCAUCAGCAAAAGCAGCAGAAGCAGCAGAGAGAUCCUCGUCAUCAGCCAAUGACAGUGCAGCACGUAGCAAUAAUUCCAUGGGAAACCCGCUCCCGGAUUUCAAUGCUGGCACACACGUCCGUGUGCUUGAUCUGGGAUCAGCUGUCGACCCGCACUCUGUUCGCUUCCUCUACGGCCCAACAGGGCCUUCCAGAGCCUUCCAAGUGCUGGAGGUCCGGGGGAAGGAGCGGACGCUUUUGGAGAAGCAGGGGCAGAAGCAGGGGGAGGUGCGACAGGGGGAGGCGCGACUGGGGGAGGUGUUGACUGCACGCGGAACAGCUCCAGCAGCAGCUGCUUCCACAUCAGCAGCCGCAUGCACUACGGGCGCUGCUAGAUCGCUCCCUGCAAGCAGCCCGAUGGCCCAAGUCCACCCGGCGAACUGCCUUCCUCAUAUUCUCGCCGCGACCUACGCCGUCGCCGCCGUUCCCCCCCCCCUCCCGCCGCGAUUACGCCUUCCUCGCCUGCGGAUACCACCGCCGCGAGCGCAACGCCGCUGUCCCCUCCUCCCCCCCGCCGCGACCCCCUGUCGCCGCCUCCCCCUCUCGCCGCCACGCCUGAUUUGGCGCCGCCUGCGCAUCCCGCCGCCGCGACGCCUCGUCGCCGCCUGCCCGUCCCUCCGCCGCGACGUCACGUCGCCGCGUUCCCGCCGCCGCGCCUGCUUCGGCGCCGCCUGCGCAUCCUGCCGCCGCGACGCCUCGUCGCCGCCUGCCCGUCCCUCCGCCGCGACGUCACGUCGCCGCGUUCCCGCCGCCGCGCCUGAUUCGGCGCCGCCUGCGCAUCCCGCCGCCACGACGCCUCGUCGCCGCCUGCCCGUCCCUCCGCCGCGACGUCACGUCGCCGCGUUCCCGCCGCCGCGCCUGCUACGGCGCCGCCUGCGCAUCCUGCCGCCGCGACGCCUCGUCGCCGCCUGCCCGUACCUCCGCCGCGACGUCACGUCGCCGCCUCCCCUUCCCGCCGCCGCGCCUGCUUCGGCGCCGUCUGCCCGUCCCGCCGCCGCGACAGCUCGUCGCCCCCUGCCCGUCCCGCCGCCGCGACCUAACAUCGCCGCCUGCGCAUUCCGCCGCCGCGACAGCUCAUUCAGCCGCAACUGCACCCUCCCUUCCUCCUCUCCCUACUCCUCUCCCCCCCCCCUCCCCCUCCCCCUGCGCCCCUCGUUGCCGCGGCCUGCCUGCCGCCGCCGUCCCUCGUUUCGCCGCCGCAGCCAUUUCCCCGCCGCCUUCACCUUUCCGCCGCCGCAACCUGCUUGCAGCCGCCGCGGCCCUUCUGCCGUCGCCUGCGCCCUUCGUCGUCGCGGCCUGCUCGCCGCCGCCGCCCCCGACUUUGCCACCGCCUCCCCUUCCCGCCGCCGCACGUUCGCACAGCCGCCUGCGCCCUUGUCACCGUCGCUCCCUGCACCUUGA